AGUUUUUUUCAAUCUUGAGAUUUGUUUAGCUGAGGAAGAAAAAACGCAGAGGAAGCCCCUCUUCUUCCUUUCUUCUUCCCUUUCCCACUCUUGUGCUGUCAACUCCAUUCUCCGUUGCCGGCAAGGUUUCAUUAUGGUUAUGGAUUCAACCGACAAGAGGGAGGAUGAGGAUUGGGAAUUGACCGAUAAGAGGAAGCAGAGGUCGAGGAAGUAUGUAAAUGGGGAUGAGGGUGACGGUGACCGCGGCGAGGGUGAAGCUUCUGAGGGAGGCGGGAGGAGGAGGAGGUCUAGCAAGGGUGAGGGAGGAGGUGGCGGUGAUGAUUAUGAUUCGCGGUCCAAGCAUGCGUUGAUGAAGAAGAGGCAGGAGGAGAGCACAUUGGAGAAGCUUAGCAGUUGGUAUGAGGAUGGUGAGUUGGAAGGUGGGGAGAAGGGGAGGAAGGUUUCGUCGAAUUCGGGUUCCAAGCAUGAUGGUAAUUCGCACAGUAAAGAGGAUUAUAGGAGUGAAGCCGGCAGAGAGAAAGGCGGGCGGGGGUCGUCUGAGCAGGGUAGGAGUUCUAGGAGGAAAUGGGAUGAAGCUGACACUACUGGUAGUGUUAGAAGGGGACAAGAAGGUGGUUCUGAGAAAGGGGAAUUGAGGAGUGCUAAGCGCGAGGAUGGAUCUAGGGAGAGGAGUGGAUCUGGUAGAGUUGAGCAUGGGGAGAGUAAAGGCUCUGGGGGUGAUAAGGUUGUGAAGGGUGGAACUGGAAGUAAGGAGGAUAGAAGGAGUGAUUCUGAGAGGGGGAAGAGUAAAGGGAAGUCGGAGGUGGUGGAUGUUUAUCGUGAGGACAAGGUUGAGAAGCCUAGGCGGCACAGAACGCCCACCGGGUAUGAUGGAGCUGAAAACUGGGACAGGCCAGGAAAUGCAGAUGAGGAUGGGAAUGUGAAGGUUAAGGAUAAGACUGCUAAAGAAACCGGGAACUCGAACAGAUCAAGGACGCCCGAGAAGAGUGGGAAACGCCAUCAGGAUUCGGAGAACUCAGAGAUGGAUUAUGAAAGAAGUGGUAGCUUUAAAAGGAAGGAGCUCGAAAAUGAUGGCUAUAAGGAUGACAGGUCCAAAGGAAAAGAUGAUACUUGGAAUGACAGGAGGAAAGAUCGGGAAAGUUCUAAGGAGAGUUGGAAAAGGAGGCAACCAAGUAAUGCUGACAAAGAUUCAAAAAAUGAGGACAGCGGCUUUGAUCACAGCAGAGAAUGGGAGUUGCCUAGACACGGUUAUGACAGGAUGGACAAUGAUAGGCCUCAUGGUCGACCUGGUGGUAGAAAAGAUGGAAACAGGGGAGAGGCUGUGAAAACAUCAACGAAAUUUGGAAUUUCAAACGAUAAUUAUGAUGUGAUAGAGAUUCAGCCCAAGUUCGUUGACUAUGGGAAAGCAGAAUCUAUGCCCAACCUUAGUCGGAGACCUGAAGGUAAUCAACAGUACAAUGCUAAGUCAGGCAAUAAUUAUGAAGACUGGCCACAAAAUCAGGAAGAAAGAGCAAGAAGGAAUGAUUUAUCUGGUUCCGGGACACCCGGUGAAGACCUGAAGGAGCGAUAUGCUGAUGAUGACUAUGAGUUUUAUGGGGGGAGAGGAAGAAGUCAGAAAGGUGUUGGAUCUGCUCGAAGUACUGGUGGGCAAAACUCUAACAGUGGUGGCUUGCAGCCUCAAUAUGGAAACCAGGAGUCUGGAUCCUUUAACAGAGCUGGUCCACAAGGAAUAAAAGGGAACAGGAUUAGUAGAGGAGGAAGGAUUAGGCCUACUGGGAGAGACAAUCAGCAGGUUGGAAUGCCAUUGCCAAUGAUGGGAUCACCCUAUGGACCUAUUGGCAUGCCUCCGCCUGGGCCAAUGCAGACCCUUACCCAUGGUAUGUCACCUGCUCCUGGUCCACCAAUGUCCCCUGGAGUCUUCAUUUCACCUUUUACUCCAGCUAUUUGGCAUGGAGGUCGAGGUGUCGAUAUGAAUAUAAUGGGUGUUCCACCUGUUGUUUCUCCUGUACCCCCGAGUCCUUCAGGUCCAAGAUUUAAUGCUGCUAAUAUAGGUAACCAACCAAAUCCUGCAAUGUUUUAUAACCAAUCAGGCCCUGGAAGGGGAAUUCCCCCAAGCAUUUCUAGUCCUGGUUUUAAUCCUACAGGACCAAUGGCUAGAGGAACAGCACCUGAUAAAAUUCCAGGGGGUUGGGUUCCUCCUAAAGGUGGAAGUCUUGGCAAAGCUCCUUCCAGAGGUGAACAGAAUGAUUACUCUCAAAACUUUGUUGACACUGGGAUGCGGCCGCAGAAUUUUAUUAGAGAGCUUGAGCUCACAAAUGUAGUAGAGGACUACCCUAAGCUUAGGGAGCUUAUACAGAAAAAGGAUGAGAUUGUGGAAAAAUCUGCAACGGCUCCCAUGUAUUAUAAGUGUGAUCUGAAAGAGUUUGAAUUGACUCCAGAGUUCUUUGGAACGAAGUUCGAUGUCAUUCUUGUAGAUCCCCCGUGGGAGGAGUAUGUACACCGCGCCCCUGGUGUUGCUGACCACAUGGAGUACUGGACAUUUGAAGAAAUAAUGAAUCUCAAGAUUGAGGCUAUAGCGGAUACACCUUCUUUCAUAUUUCUUUGGGUGGGUGACGGAGUAGGCCUUGAACAAGGUCGUCAAUGUCUAAAGAAGUGGGGAUUUCGUAGGUGUGAAGAUAUAUGUUGGGUAAAGACAAACAAAAGUAGUGCAGGUUCAGCACUGCGGCAUGAUGCACAUACUUUAUUUCAACAUUCAAAGGAGCACUGCUUGAUGGGCAUUAAAGGAACUGUUCGUCGAAGUACUGAUGGUCAUAUAAUUCAUGCCAACAUUGACACGGAUGUGAUUAUUGCUGAAGAACCUCCUUAUGGUUCAACACAAAAACCUGAAGACAUGUAUAGGAUCGUUGAGCACUUUGCCCUUGGAAGGAGAAGGCUUGAACUAUUUGGUGAAGACCACAAUAUCCGAUCUGGUUGGCUGACUCUUGGUAAAGAACUGACGUCUUCAAAUUUCCAUAAAGAGGCAUAUGUGAAGAGUUUUGCUGACAAAGAUGGGAAAGUUUGGCAGGGAGGUGGAGGAAGAAAUCCACCUCCAGAGGCACCUCAUCUGGUGGUGACUACUCCUGAUAUAGAGGCACUCAGGCCAAAGUCCCCAAUGAAGAACCAGCAACAAAUGCAGCAACAGCAAUCAGUAUCCAUUUCUCUGACGUCAGGAAGUGCGUCAAACAGAAGGCCUGCCGGAAAUUCGCCGCAGAAUCCAACUGCACUUGGUGCCAGCCAAGACGCUUCUAGCUCAAACCCUUCUACCUCAGCUCCUUGGGCUUCUUCACCUCUGGAGAGCUUUAAGGGACGUGAAGGUUCUGUAUUGCCUUCAGAUGAUAAAGUACCUGAAAUGUAUGGGUUUCAUGCACAACCACCACCAGGCUAUCUAGAUUUUGAAGCAUUCAGACAAAUGAAUAUGUUGUAACAUAACUCUAUGGACAAAGUCGCAUGUUGAUGUAUCCGUGUAAUUUUUUUCCCCGCCAAUAUAAAUGGGAAGAAAAUUAUUCUCAUUUUGUUUGUUCAUUCUUUUGGUAGCGCUGGCGAUUGCAUUGGUUAAUUAGGGGAAUAAAAACGUUGGAUUACUGUAAAAUUAGUUACAUUUCAUGUAUUAUUUUAUCAUUUGUUUUUCAAAGAAUGUAGUUUUAAA